AUGGGAUCUAAUGCCAAUAUCCAAGCUGUGUCAAAGCCGCAAGUAUACGUCGCGCCAGCUGGCGCCGUUGCCGCCGGUGAUCCAUUUUACGUAGCUCAUUAUUUAGCCUGCAUUAGCCUAUCUGGUUUAUCCGGCUCCAUUAAGAAAUGCCCAAUGCAAAAGAACCCGAAGGGGUCCAUCUAUAUCAGCUAUAACAGCUCUGCUACGUCAAUUACCACUGGUGCAGCAGCAGGUACGGUUACAGCAACGAAUAUUGCUAGCAUCAACAGCAACAUGAACUUUGGCAACACUUGCCCAAUUCUCUGGAAUGGCUCAUCCGCAAAUACAACCAACACUGAUGCAGCAACUGGUUUAGGAUCAACAAAUUUAUUAGUCACAGCCGAUGUUAAUGGUACUGCAACUUCGGGAAGUGGUAUUGGUCCAUCGCAGAUGUUCUCUCGUCUACUUGUUCCAACGUAUAGCCCAAAUCCAUCAGGAGACAACGCUCUUAUCCAAAAAAAGACGUUCCGCUACUUUGAACGUGUAACUUACAAGUUUACUCUCCAAGCUGGUCAGUCAUUUACAUGGACGGUGACAAAUGGUAUUGCCAAUCCGAACCCUUUACCAGAUGUGAUCAAUCCGUUCCGAAGUUGCUUCUCAACGAUUCCGGCCACGACAACGCUCCAAUUUGGAACACUCCAGUCAUCUUUGGUUAUGAUCUGUUCCUACAAUGAAAUGAUAAAAUCUGGUGUUGAUGGCGGUCUCGAUGAUGUCACUAAUGCUGGCUUACUAUCUCAGCGUCUAUGGGAAUCACUGUACCGAUUCAUUGCUGUUGGCAUUGGCCGUCGUCUACCCAGCGAAGAUGAUGCAAUCAAGUCGAUCAUUGUUUCGGGCACGAACAACACGAACUACGCGCUUACGAUUUAUUAUCACAUUCUACGCGAAGUUGUCGCAAACGUCGACACUGCUAUGGGAACGGUUUCUCAAGGCGCGGUUCAAAACUAA